CAGUGACAAAGCUGAUGGACUGUAAGCACUGAGCAUACAUAACUGGUUGAAUGUAGACAUCCGCAGCUCAAUUGUUGCCACUCAAAGAGAAAACAAAAUGACACAUGUCGUCGCUGUGAAGCUUAUUCUACUUUACGGUCUACUUGAAGGUAACAAGUGGAGGACAGAGGAGCCUCUUACAGAAGAGCUGACAGGCAGCCUGUGUCAGGAGUGGGCUACUAUGUUGCCAUCGUCUGUGCAGGGCGUGAGUGGCUCGUGUAUUCAUAUUCCGUGCAGGUUCACAAUACCUCCUUUUUGGGAUUCGGACCUGGACCGGACCUGCGCCGCCAUUUGGAGGCGAGGCUACUCCAGGUCGUAUGUAUUCGACUCCAGUCGCACAAGAGAGGAGAGCGCCAACUUGAACCUCCUGCAGGGAAACCUCACUGGGAACUUGUUGGAAAAGGACUGCAGCACCAUCCUUGAGGACAUGACAUCAGACCACUACGACUCGUAUUACUUCAGACUGGACUGUGACAACAGUCUCAAGUUCAACUUUGACGAGAGCGUCGUUUUGGACAUUCGAGACUCGGCACCCCGGCCCACUAUCACCCCCAAUGCAGAUCAAGUCGAGGAGGGUACUGCACUGGCUCUGGAGUGUGGGGCGCCGGCUCCUUGCCCAACGCUGCCGCCCCUCCUGACCUGGGCGCCACUGUUGGGCACUGUCACGGAGGCAGGGAAGGCUGAGGUGGAGGAAGCGGCGCGCGUCACUGCAGUCAUGAAUUUCAAUGCCACUUACCUACACAACAGUCAGAGUGUGAGCUGCAGCGCCAUCUACAAGAGGCAAUCAGGAUACAUGGAGCUUUCCACAGAACGCACGAUGACACUUCGAGUUUUGCAUGGUCCUAAGAACACGUCAGUGAGCUACGUCGGCCCCGUGACGGCGGGUACGUGGGUCACGCUGACCUGCAACACCAUCGCCAACCCUAGAGUGAACACCUACACAUGGUACAGAGUGGAUGCCGGUCAGGGGACGGUGGUAGAAAACAGGAAGCGACACUUCGUAAGGGUCACGGAAGACUCGCCCACCUUCUACUGCAGGGUGCGCAACACAUACGGAGAGCAAAACUCGUCCGUAACCACCAUUGACGUCCAAUUCCCUCCCAAGGACACCACAGUGAUCGUGCAGCCCACGGAUGUCAUCCUGGAGGGCACCACGGUGUUCCUGCUGUGCCAGAGCCGAGCCAAACCGCCCGUGUACAACUACAGCUGGGCCAUAAACGGCGGCGAGGACCUGGAAAUUGGAGACAUCUUGACCCUGGAUGGCGCCCUGCCCAGACACAGCGGCGAGUACCGCUGCAAGGCCAAGAACCUGCUGGGAGAGGAAACCUCCACACCCGUUCAGCUGGACGUUCAGUAUCCACCCAAGAACACUUCAGUGUCAGCGUCACCACCGGGCUCUUUACCCGACGGCAGCACCGUCACUUUAAGGUGCACCAGCAUCGCCAACCCGCCGGCCGCCAACGUCACCUGGUAUCGAGUGAAUGCCGGGGAGAGGUCGCUGAUGGGUUUGGGCCAGGAAAUCACCUUCAACGUCACCAAGCUGUCGCAGGAUACGUUUUACUGUGAAAAUGUCAACGUCCAUGGGGCCCAGUCGGCUCAGCCAAUCGCCAUCAAUGUGACAUUCAGACCAGAGAUCCUGCCGUCUUCCCGCUGCCAAGACAUGUCAACGCAGAUGCGAUGCUUCUGUGACAGCCAGGCAAACCCGCCGCCCUCCCUGCACUGGGAAUUGUCCGGGGUGCUCGUCAAUGACUCGGACCAGCGACCCAUCACGGAGGAGGCCCUCGACAGCGCCACCCGGAGAAGUGUCAUCACCCUGGAACGCCUGGGCAGCGAACUAGUAGUGUCCUCGCUGAUUUGCUUCAGCUUCAACCCGCUUGGAUUUGACAGUUUUGCCUUUAACAUGUCAUCCCCUGCCCCUCAGACAGAUGUGGCGGUUCUGGUGGGUUCUGCGGUUGGGGUGACGGUCAUGCUGAUCUUGAGUCUCCUGCUGCUCUUGUACAUUUGCAGGAAAACCAAAGGCAACUUCCCACCCAGAAAGGGACGAGCAGACAAUGCGGCAGACUUCUUGGUCACCAAUGAGAGCACUUCUGCCCACGCUAACGCCAUUUACGCCAAUGACGGUGACUUGGCCAAGGAGGCAGUGCAGGACGACGAGCAGCUGCACUAUGCCCACGUCAACAUAGUCAAACUGCAGGCCCGCGACGACGACGAGAUCCGAGGACUCUCCUCAGUCACGGGGGAAUACGCAGAGAUACGACUGCGCUCCACGGGAAGCGACAAAGGUGGCGAGCUGGAACUGAAAAUGGAACCGGAGUCGCAGGAGAAAAAGAUGGCAGAGGAUACUUUUGGACAGCAAGUGACGAGUGAAGAGGUUGUGGCCUCAACACAGUGAAUUAGUAGUUCUCAAACUGGGUCGUAGUUUGGGGGUCCCCAUAAGAAUUAGCAAGAAAUUAUAUUGUAUGGUCGUAGUUUGGGGGUCCCCAUAAGAAUUAGCAAGAAAUUAUAUUGUAUCGUUUGAAAAGAAAGACAGUGGUACUUGCAAAUGCCCAGAUUUUUGCAGAUUUUUCGAGUUACAAGCCAUCGCUUGAUCAGUUUUUGACGUUUGGAGUUGGAAACAAAACAUUUUACUUCCGCGUUAGCGUGACACUCGCCAUCUUUAACAUCAUACAGACAUGCGCUCAUAUGAAUUAUAGUUUCAGUAGGGUGCAAGACCUUUUCACUAGUGUAUACGAGUGAAGAAAAUUCUGUGUGUAUUUAAAGGCAUUUUGCUUUUGUAACCAAUAAUAUAAUUUUUUUUAAACUAGUGUGUAUGAGCGUAUUUCAGUAGUGAAUGUGAGAGGUCAUCCGGAAUUCUGUCCCAGACGUCACCUCAUAGUUUGGGGCCAAUUCUCUGAUACGAUUGUGCCAAAUCAUCCCAUAAAUCAAAUGUUUUUGUUGAAGAACAAAAGGUGUCAGUUAUAUUUUUGAGAAAAAAAAGUCGUCUUUUCCAGAGUAAAGGGCGUAAUAUUACAAGAAUAAAGUUAGUCACUAAAUUACAUCAAUUCUUCCCUUGCUUUCAUUAAUACCAUGUGAUGAAUCUUGAAAAAAAAUAGCUUUAUUCUUGUGAUGACUUAUCAUCCUGAAAAAAAUAAUUUUGUUCUUGUAGACUACGACUCUCAUAGCUUUUCAACUUUAUCCUGAAAAAAAUCAUUUUGUUCUUAAGACUACGACUUUUUUUUCUGAAAAAUACUUUAUUCUCAUAGCUUUUCUUUUCCUCCCCUAACAAUAUUCUCAAAAAAAAAAAAAAGGCACAUGGGAGGAAAAAUGUCUACCAUGUCCCUGGAUUUGAGAACCAGUCCUACAGCGCCCCUUCAAAUUAUUUUUUUUAAGAGCCAGUUUGAUUUAACCCUGUGAAUUUUGCCUGGCAAUAAUUCCAAGUGCCUGCAAGAUAGCGCGUUUUGAGUAAAUUUUUUUGUUCGCAUGCUUAUUAGGCACUUAACAGCUCUGCUACAGUUGAAUUUUUCAUUCCCAUUUCUUGACUUGCCAUGACUUUAGUGUCAAUUUAAAACAAAAAUUUUAGGUGAGCGGCAGUUUAUUGUAUGAUUUUAUUUUUUAUUGCAUAAUUUUGACAAUGAAACAAUUGUUUUUUCCAAUUGUGCUUAUUUUAAAUUAACAGUCACAUUUAUUAAUAAAAUGUUUUGUUUAUUGAAACUAAUUUUUUAUGCAACUGUGGAAAAGUGUUGCAUUGGUAAAUGUUGGCUAGCCGUAUAUAUAGAAUUUUCUAGUUUUAUGCAUCCGCAUGUUUAUCCAGAUAUUACGUUUGCAAGAUUAAAUAAAAAUAAAAAAAAUAUUUUGAUAAAACUAUCUCCGCAUGUUUAUCCAGAUAUUGCGUUUGCAAGAUUAAAUAAAAAUAAAAAAAAUAUUUUGAUAAAACUAUCUGGAAGGGUCAGAUCCGUGCCAACAUUUUAUGAUUUCCUAUAUUUUAUUUGAAAUAAAUGUUCUUAUAUUGAGACUUUGUGGUGGGAUGUUAUGUGGCAAAAGGAAGAAGCCUUUACAUUUUAGAGCAGAUUUUUCUCCCCUCCACACCUUUGCGCUCUCCCAGUAUGCCUAAGUGCUUGCUUCAAGCUGUCCGAGUUGAAGUUCCAUCCAUCCAUCCACUUUGAGCCGCUUCUCCUCACUAGGGUCGCGGGCGUGCUGGAGCCUAUCCCAGCUGUAAUCGGGCAGGAGGCGGGGUACACCCUGAACUGGUUGCCAGCCAAUCGCAGGGCACAUACAACCAACCAACCAACCAACCAUUCGCGCUCACAUUCACACCUACGGGCAAUUUAGUGUCUCCAAUAAAUGCAUGUUUUUUGGGAUGUGGGAGGAAACCGGAGUGCCCGGAGAAAACCCACGCAGGCACGGGGAGAACAUGCAAAACACCACACAGGUGGGACCGGGGAUUGAACCCGGGUCCUCAGAACUGUGAGGCUGACGCUCUAACCAGUUGUCCACCGUGUCGCAGUUGGAAGUUUACUGUACAAAUAUAAAAGAAAAAGAAUUACGUUUUGUAUUUCAAACCACACAACUUUGUACAAUGCUAACGCACGAUGCAAAUCACCAUAGACGGACUAACAAAAGUAGCAUCAACAUAGGUGUAAUUAUAAACCUUUAUUUGAACACAAGCUGUAGCAACACAUGCAAGUAGUGUAUACCUCUGUGAAAUGAUAGUUUAGUGGCCAUGGGUUUUGGUUCAUCAAAUUUUCGUCUCGGAUUUGUAAUGUAUUUACACUGCCCCCUCGUGGCCGAGGCGCACACAGGAAUGGCACAGUGCAAAAACUUAUUCACCAAUGUUUUUAUAAAGUACAAUACACUUAGAAAACAUGUUACAAUUUUUGUUGUUUUCGGGAGCUGGAAUGGAUUUAUGGAAAGGUUUGAGAUAAAAAAGUGUUUUGACUUACAACCAGGAUAAGCAAAGUCAUGGAAAGAAUUAGACUUAAGUCAAGACACCACUGGUUAUUGAAACUGUGGCCAGGGGUUUAACAUUUUUUAGAUUAAUAUGGAUAAAUGAUAAAAGUAUCUUUUUAAAAAUUGCUCGUUAACAUUUUGGCCUUGGCAGAGGAGUUCUCUUGACAAAUAGUCGUUUUUAAUGUGCUUCAUUUGCUUUCAUUAUUUACAACCUCGGACAAAAAUAUGAUAACACGUUCAUAAUAAUCUUUGAACCAGCAGUGUCAUUAGCCUUAACGUGAGCUCAUUUGAACAA